CCGCCGGGUGUAGGCGCGCCGGUGCGGCGAUGGUGGGAGGCGGCGGCGGCGGAGGGGACGGCCUGCUGGAGAAUGCGAACCCUCUCAUCUACGAGCGCUCCGGGGAGCGGCCGGUGACGGCGGGGGAGGAGGACGAGCAGGUCCCCGAUAGCAUUGACGCUCGCGAGAUCUUCGAUCUCAUCCGCUCCAUCAAUGACCCGGAGCACCCGCUGACGCUGGAGGAGCUGAACGUGGUAGAGCAGGUGCGGGUUCAGGUAAGCGAUCCUGAGAGCACAGUGGCUGUGGCCUUCACGCCCACUAUUCCACACUGCAGCAUGGCCACCCUUAUCGGCCUGUCCAUCAAGGUCAAGCUUCUGCGGUCCCUUCCUCAGCGGUUCAAGAUGGAUGUGCACAUCACUCCAGGAACCCACGCCUCGGAGCACGCAGUGAACAAGCAGCUUGCGGACAAGGAGCGGGUGGCAGCUGCCCUGGAAAACACCCACCUUCUGGAGGUCGUCAAUCAGUGCCUGUCAGCUCGCUCCUGAACCUGGCUUCCAGCCCCUGACCUGCCACCUUUACCAGUGUCCUACACCCCACUCCCCGCAGGGCUCACGCCCUGAUUUUCCUUCAAAUGCAAUGAGAAACUAAUGUUUGCAUUUUGUAAUAAACUCUUAAUUUAUAUUCAUUUCCCAACA